AUCAGUUUCAGUUCACAGAACCAAGCAAACACAGCACAGUUCAAAAAAAUAAAAUAAAAAUAACCAAACAACAAAAAUGGCAGUUAAGAUGAUCAUUUUCGCAGCCUGCGUGGCCACCGCACUCGCUGAAUACGCCGCACCGGCUUACCCGGCACAUCACGCUUACGCUUACGCCCCGGAGCACUCGUACGCCCCGGCCCCGUACAGCUUCGAGUACAGCGUAAACGACCCACACUCAUACGACGUCAAGAGCCAAUCCGAACACAGCGACGGACACGGCAACGUCAAGGGAUCGUACAGCCUUUUGGAAGCCGACGGUUCCACCCGCGUCGUCGAAUACACCGCCGACCACAGCGGUUUCAACGCCGAAGUUAAGAAAAUCGAAGGAUACAGCCACGGCUACAGCGCCCCAGCUUACAAAUCUGCCCCGGCCUACAAGCCCGCAUACGCUGCACACUCUUACGCCGCCCCAGCUUACUCUCAUAUUGCCCCAGCUCACUCGUACGCCGCCCCAACUCACUCGUACGCCGCCCCAGCUCACUCGUACGCUGCCCCAUCUUACUCGUACGCCACCCCAGCUUACUCUCACGCCGUCCCAGCUUACUCUUACGCCGCUCCAGCUUACUCUUACGCCGCUCCAGCUCACUCUUACUCGGCCCCGGCUUACAAACCAGUUGCAUACAAGAGAAUCACUGGUCAGUUGGUAUCAGUUUCCAUCCACAGGUACAAGAUCACACAUCACAGUACCAAAUCAAAAAAAAAAAAAAAAACAUCAAAAAUGGCCGUCAAGAUGAUCGUUUUCGCAGCCUGCGUGGCCACCGCACUCGCUGAAUACGCCGCACCGGCUUACCCAGCACACCACGCUUACGCCCCCGAACACUCGUACGCCCCGACCCCGUACAACUUCGAGUACAGCGUAAACGACCCACACACCUACGACGUCAAGAGCCAAUCCGAACACAGCGACGGACACGGCAACGUCAAAGGAUCGUACAGCCUUUUGGAAGCCGACGGUUCCACCCGCGUCGUCGAAUACACCGCCGACCACAGCGGUUUCAACGCCGAAGUUAAGAAAAUCGAAGGAUACAGCCACGGCUACAGCGCCCCAGCUUACAAAUCUGCCCCGGCCUACAAGCCCGCAUACGCUGCACACUCUUACGCCGCCCCAGCUCACUCUUACGCCGCCCCAUCUUACUCUCACGCUGCCCCAGCAUACUCUCACGCCGCCCCGGCUUACUCACACGCCACCCCAGCUCACUCCUACGCUGCCCCAGCUCACUCUUACGCUGCCCCAGCUCACUCUUACGCUGCCCCAGCAUACUCUCACGCCGCCCCAGCUUACUCUCACGCCGCCCCAGCUCACUCCUACGCUGCCCCAGCAUACUCUCAUGCUGCCCCAGCAUACUCUCACGCUGCCCCAGCUUACUCUCACGCCGCCCCAGCUUACUCUCACGCCGCCCCACAAGUGAUUCUUAAUCAAAAGACUACCUUGAACAUUUUUAAGAAGAAUAAUCAAGAAAAAGAUAAUGCCAUAAGUGUUGUAUUGUCUUUUAUACAACGUAUAAAUUGUCUCUAA